AUGCCUGUCUACGACAUCGCCUCGCGGAAGCGGAAGAACCUGCUGCGUCGCUGGGCGGAGGAGGCGGCCCCGCACUCAGAGGAUAAGGAUCAUUCUCAGGGGGAGGACGAGGAAGAGGAGGAGGGUUUUGAGGAUGAGGAAUACUUGGACUCUGAUGAAGAGGUAGAAGAGGUGGAGGAGGCCCUCCCAAAGGCGUCAGGGGCAUCAAAGAGGGGAGCGGCCGACGCUGCAUCCAAGUCGGCUGCCGCUACUGCUUGUGCCACCCGCGUGGAGUUUAGUGAGCCGGCGCAGUGGGUGGAGCGCAUGGCCCUCACAUCGACCCGCUCCCUACCGAGCGAUCUCAACGCCGACGAUGAUCCGAAGCGCGAGGAGGCGUUUAUUCAGCAGACACUACUCUCCGUGAUGCGCGGUAUCUCGCUUCUGGAGGAGGCUGGUGUGCCCUGGAAGCGACCGGAUGACUACUACGCUGAAAUGUACAAGAGUGAUGUGCAUAUGAAUGAUGUGCGGCAGGCGAUGGAGGCCUCGAAAGCGCGCAUCGAGGCGCAGGCGCACCGCCGCACCAUGAAAGAGCAGAAGAAGUACGGCAAGGAGGUGCAGGCCGAGGUGAUGCGGCAGCGUGCCAAGUACAAGCGUGACAUGCAGGAGAGCUUGAGCGACUGGCGCAAGAAGCGACGCGGCAAUGGCUCGCUGCAAGACAUGCUGAGCGACGAUGAAGGCGAUAGAGACGCAAAGCGCUUCAAGGCGCAGCGUACGCCUCGCGCGCGCAACCUCCGCCCGGGCGGCAACAAGCGACCUGGAAAGAACGCGCGCCGUCAUCGUUGA